UUAGAUAGAUAGUCUAGAUAGAUAUAGAACGAAAGCCAAACGAAAUCGAUCAAUUCAUGUUUUGCAUGUGUAAUGUGGUGGACACGUAUUUUUUUACGUAAUUGUUUUUGUUCAGCGUUAUUAAUUAACUAUUACAGUGCGUGUAUGUGUGGGGUGUUAUUUGGGAAAAUAUGAUAACAGGGCGGAAGAAAGACCCGCUUUGGCGGAACUUUAUAGAAAUUCCAGCCUCUUCGAGUUCUACCACUGGAAUUGGCAGAAAAACACUCAGAGCGCAAUGCAAGCAUUGCAGGACAAACAUAGUGGGCCUAAUUGCUCGUAUGCGAACACAUUUGGAAAAGUGUUCAGAUUACGCAUCUAGAAAUUCGAGUGCAUCCACCUCUUCUUCGAGAAUACAAAUCUCUGAAAAUUAUUCAAGUGAUGAUGGCUGCAAUGCUGAUGGAAUGCAAGUCAAUAUCAACCCAACAGCUGAAAAAACGAGUCAGGCUCCACAAAUGCCGAUGCCGACACUGUCGAAGUCUUAUUCAGGAGGCUCAAUGUCACAAUACAUAGUAAAAACAUCGGAAAAGGAAAAACAUAAUAUUGAUAUUCAGGUUGCAAAAUAUUUUUACGCCACAAAUACUCCAUUUAAGGACUCUGAACAUCCAGAAUUUAUCAAGAUGAUGCAAUUAUCUCGACCGGGCUAUUUGCCACCAAACAGAAAAAAUAUAGGCGGAAAACUGCUGGAUGAAGUAUAUGAUACCGUAAAAUCAAAUAUGGAAAAUAAUUUGAAAAGAAAAGCGGUUUGUAUGGCUCUUGAUGGUUGGAGUAACAUACGUAAUGAGCCUGUUGUGUGUAUUAGUGUAACCACUACUGAAAAUGAAGGGAGCGUUCACCUCAUAGAUACAAUAGACACUUCUAGCAACAGUCACACUAGUAAUUAUCUCUUAACUCUAGCAAUAGAAAGCAUUAAAAAGUGCCAAAGUUUUGGUUGCAAUGUACAUAGCUUCGUAACUGACAACGCCGCUAAUAUGGCAAAAAUGCGAAGACAAUUAAAGGAAUUAGAAGAUGAUCAGAUUGGCGAUGUUAUAACAUAUGGGUGUUCUGCUCAUUUAAUUAAUUUAUUUGCCAAGGAUAUUGAAGAGGCGGAGAUAAAAAGUAAUGUAAAACAAAUUAUUAAGUAUUUCAAAUAUCAUCAUUUUCCACAAGCAAAGUACAAGGAUGCUGGUGGUAAAGCACUUGUACUACCUCAAGAUGUACGUUGGAAUACAUUAGCAGAUUGUCUUGAAUCCUACUUAAACAACUGGCCCUGUCUUGUUAAUCUAUGCAGCGAGCACAGAUCUGUAUUAGAUUUAACAAUCGUAAGGAAGGUCCAAGAUGUUGAGUUCCAUGAAAAUGUUGUGAACUAUUUCAAAAAGUUGAAGAAAGUAGCCAUUGCUCUCGAUCUCAUUCAGAAAGACCUGUGCGUCCUAAGUAAUUGCACACAUAUAUGGAAAGAUUUACUCUCAUCGGACUGGUCGCCAGAAGAAGCAGAUAAACUUAAAGCAAGAUUUAAUGCCGCAAUGACACCAGCACAUUUCGCUGCUUAUAUAUUAGACCCCAAUUAUAAUGGAGAAAGUCUAUCAGAAGAGGAGGACACAAUAGGCAUGGAGUUUUUAGAUUCAAGCUGUCCGAAUGCCAUGAAAGAUGUCCUGGCGUACCGUGCGAGGAGUUAUCCUUUUUUGGAGUACAUGUUUAAAAAGACCUUUUAAUGAAAACGCAUGUGUCUGUGUGGUGGAAAUCAGUGAGUACUAAAGUGGAUCCAGGGAUGAUCGACAUUACGUCUCAGUUAUUUACUGCAACUGCUUCCUCCGCAGGAAUAGAAAGGUUAUUUUCGUCAUUCGGACUGGUACAUUCAAAAUUAAGAAACAAGCUCGGCACAGAGAAAGCUGUUAAAUUGGUUGCAAUUAUGAGGGCUCUUAAUCAACAUAGUUCGGGGGAGGAAGUUGAGGGCUGAGUAGAAGACAAGAGAUGGGAAGGUGAUUGAACUUGAUUGCAUUUAUUUGAUUGAUUGAUUUAAAUAAAUAAUUAUUAUAAUUUUAA